AGCCCGUCUGCAAAGCUCCCUUCCUGCAAAUGGGGUUGGCUAUACCCGCUAGGCAGUGUGGUUAUGUAAGAGCUGGAUGGGGCAGCCCAGACUACAACUAGCUCCCUCCAGGCGACUGCAACAGCCUCCUCGCUCCCCACACUGCAGCCUGGGUUGCAGACGCUGACGGAUUUGCCUCGGGAGCUGAAGUAGCUGCUGCCACCAGAGGCUGGAGCCAUGAGCGGGUUUAAUUUUGGAGGCACUGGGGCCCCUACAGGCGGGUUCACGUUUGGCACUGCAAAGACAGCAACAACCACAUCCGCGACAGGGUUUUCUUUCUCCGCUGCCAGCACUGGAGGGUUUAAUUUUGGGACUCCCUCCCAACCCCCUGCAAGUUCCUCUUCCACCGGCCUGUUCUCAUUCAAUACCCAGACUCCAGCCACACAAACUCCAGGAUUCAGUUUUGGAACAACAGCUCCUGCUUCCGGAGGAGCGGGGUUUUCUUUAGGGAUCAAUGCUCCAAAGCUAAGCUUGAGCAACACGGGCACCACCCCGGCCACGGCCGCCCUCAGCAGCUUUGGGCUCGGCAGCAGCACCCUCACCAAUGCCAUGCCCAGCACCGCCACCUCCAGCCAGGGCACAGCACCCACCGGCUUUGUCUUUGGCUCCUCCACCACCUCUGCUGCUCCGUCCACCACGUCCGGAGGGUUCUCAUUCACUGGUGGAAGCACGUCCCAGAGCGGGACCUCCGGUUUCAACAUCGGCUCAGUGGGGCAUUCGGCCCAGCCCACGGCACUUGCUGGAUUACCCUUCACUCCAGCCACGCCAGCAGCCACUGGAGCAGGGGCCACACAGCCAGCCGCUCCCACGCCCGCUGCUGCCACCACCAGUGCUGGGCCCACCCUCUUUGCCUCAAUAGCAACCGCUCCAACCUCAUCCACCGCCACCGGGCUCUCCCUCUGUCCCCCGACAACCACAGCUGGAGCUGCCGGGGCCGGUACGCUGGGCUUCAGCUUGAAGGCCCCUGGAGCAGCUUCUGGCGCCUCCACAGCCACAUCCACCACCGCUGCCACCACCGCCGCCACCACCAGCACCGGCUUUGCCUUGAAUCUAAAACCACUGGCACCAGCCGCGAUCCCCAGCAAUGCGGCAGCUACCGUGACCGCCCCGCCUGGCCCCAGUGCAGCUACCGGGGCGGCCACCAGUCCCGCGAUGACCUACGCGCAGCUGGAGAGCCUGAUCAACAAGUGGAGCCUGGAGCUGGAGGACCAGGAGCGCCACUUCCUGCAGCAGGCCACCCAGGUCAACGCCUGGGACCGCACGCUGAUCGAGAACGGGGAGAAGAUCACCAGCCUGCACCGCGAGGUGGAGAAGGUGAAGCUGGACCAGAAGAGGCUGGACCAGGAGCUCGACUUCAUCUUGUCUCAGCAGAAGGAGCUGGAAGACCUGCUGAGCCCGCUGGAGGAGUCGGUCAAGGAGCAGAGCGGGACCAUCUACCUGCAGCACGCCGACGAGGAGCGCGAGAAGACCUACAAGCUGGCGGAGAACAUCGACGCGCAGCUGAAGCGCAUGGCCCAGGACCUCAAGGACAUCAUCGAGCACCUGAACACAUCCGGGGGCCCCGCCGACACCAGCGACCCGCUGCAGCAGAUCUGCAAGAUCCUCAACGCGCACAUGGACUCGCUGCAGUGGAUCGACCAGAACUCGGCCCUGCUGCAGAGGAAAGUGGAGGAAGUGACCAAGGUGUGCGAGGGGCGUCGCAAGGAGCAGGAGCGCAGCUUCCGGAUCACCUUCGACUGAGCCGACGUCGCGUCUGGGACCCACGGUCUGAGGGCGUCAGACGGGGAAUGCGCCUAUUGUCUAGUUUCAGUGGGUUGCAACAAGAUGUUUGUUUCUUUCUUUCCUUCAAAUGACUGUGCUGUUGAGAGAAUCGCUCUGUGCUUUAACUUUUCCCAUUAGUAAAUAGCAAGUAUUCUGAGCCCUCUGGUCCAGGCACUGGCCUCGUGGGUGGGGUUUCUGUGUUUCGUUUGCAAAUCUUUGGCCCCUUUUCACCCACUACGACCACCCACCUCAUCCUUCUGGCUCCGGCCAAGUGCUGACUCGCCUAAGAAAACUCUGCUUCCCGCCAGGUCGGUGGGCAGCCGCUGUGUCCGACACACAGUCACGGGUGCAGUGAAAAAAUACCAAGGUUAAAAGAAUCUCCAUCCUCAGGAGACAGCAACGUAGUUUUGGAGUAUAAGAUGUGUACUUGUGAAAAUUAACCACCAAGACAAAGCAGUGAAUUGUGACUAGAACAGACAGUGGAUUAGUGAAUUUCAAAGGUGAAAAAUAGGUCAGCUAAGGGGCCUGAACUAGGUCUUGAGAAAAGGGUCAGACUCGAGCCAAGAGGUCUUCCUUUGCCUGCCUAACAUCCCCACUCGCCCUCCAGGUCUCCCCUUAGGCCUCACCUCCCCCAGGAAGCCUUCUCAGCCACCAGAGUUCAGGCAGUGGCCGUCUUGCAGGUCCCCACAGCACACCAAGCUGGUACCUUUGGUGACACUCGCUACACUGUAGUAUGCUGGCUGUUGGCUUCUCUUUCUCACUGUUAGAUUGUGAGCUCCUAUGGGCAGAGAGUGAUUAUUGUUCCCCUUGUGUCCCCAGCGCAGUCCCUGUCACAUUUGUUAAAGAACAGUGAAGAUGAAACCUGACGUAACGUUAGUCCACAAAAAUGCCUGCUGAAAUGGCCACCGUUGCCGGGGAGACUUGUUUCUGAACUUCCCAACGCGGGAGUUAACCCCGUCAGUGACAGUAAGAGCCACAGAGUCUAGAAGGCAGAAGCCAGCGGGUUGUAUACUAAGUAUUGUCUUUAGACUUUGUUCAUUCUCUGAAAUACCUGUGACUGUAUGUUGCUUUCCUAAAUAAAAGAAAAUC